AUGGUACAUGUCUAUGGUGCAGCAUCAUUGAACCAAGUCUUGUCUCCUCUUCAUGCGGAAUUUUCUGUUCUGGUUAAGGAAGCUCUGCGCAUCAACCAAAACAAUCAAGGAUGUAAAUGGAGAGUUCGUGCUACAACUAUUGGAGAUUCUCCUGCAUUUUAUAUAAAAGUAUACGAAGGAGAGCACUCUUGUUCUGUGACUGAGCGUUCAGUCCGUUCCCGGCAAGCUACUCACCAGAUUUUGGGACGUCUAUACAAAGACUUUGUUGGAGGAGUUGGACCGAAAGUUUUGCCAUGUCAUGUAGCAGAAGCUUUGAACAAACGUUAUGGAGUGAAGAUUGAUUAUUGGAAGUCUUACCGGACAUUAAAAUAUGCACGACAGUUAGUUCGGGGAACUCCAGAAAGUGGGUAUGCAGAAAUCCCGUCCUACUUGUAUAGGAUUAGGAGAGCUAAUCCCGGUACACUUACAAAGCUUGUAAUCGACAAGGAAGAUAGAUUCAAGUUUCUGUUCAUUGCGUUUGGUGGCAGCAUACAUGGGUUUACUUUCAUGAGGAAAGUUGUUGUCGUUGAUGGGACCUUUUUGCAAGGAAAAUACAAAGGUACACUACUAAUUGCCACAACGCAAGAUGGAAAUUUUAAUAUCUUCCCAAUCGCUUUCGCUGUUGUUGAUACUGAGAAUGAUGAGUCUUGGGAAUGGUUCUUUAGACAAUUAAAUCUCGUAAUCCCGGAUGAUGAAGGACUUGCCAUAAUCUCAGAUAGGCAUAAAUCUAUAAGUAAGGCGAUAAGGAAGGUAUAUCCGCAUGCUAGUCGCGGUGUAUGCACCUAUCAUUUGUAUAAGAACAUUCUGCUGAGAUUCAGAGGUAAGGAUGCCUUUCGACUAGUAAAGAAAGCAGCAACUGUGUAUAGGAUUGAAGAGUUCAAUGAGAUACUUGAGCAGAUUGGAACUUUAAAUCCGAGACUUCAUACUUAUUUGCUGGAAGAUGAUGUAUGCAAGUGGAGUCGUGUCCAUUUCCCAGGAGAUAGAUACAAUUUCACAACCAGCAACAUAGCAGAAUCGGUUAACAAGGCUAUAUCUCAUGCACGUAGUUUCCCCAUUGUUGGACUUUUGGAUGCUAUAAGAUCGAUGUUGACAAGAUGGUUUGCAACUAGGAGGAAGAAUGCUGAGCUUAUGACUACAACACUUACACGUGAAGUUGAAAAACGCCUAGAGGCUAAAGUUGAUAUUUCCAGGCAACUCACUGUGCAAGAAAUAGAUGAACAUCAAUUUCAAGUCACAGGUGGGAUCUCUUUGCAUGUGGUACACUUACGGGAGAAAAGAUGUACUUGCCGUCGGUUUGAUCUGGACAAAAUCCCAUGCGUACAUGCCAUUGCAGCAGCCGAAGCAUGCAACCGUUUACGUAUCUCCUUGUCCCACUUGUACUUUCAUCGAAACUACUUACACAAUGCCUACUCGAAGACUAUUAUGCCGAGGGACAAUGGCUUCAUGUUUACCAUCCACGACUGUUAA